AUGUCUUUACCCGAGGCUAAUGAUCGCGCCGCCCUCCCUGAGACGCCGACUGGCUUUAUAGGACCGCUAGGGUUUGUCAAACAUGGUAACCCGUUCACAAUGGACCGCCUCUUCGUUGGCCUAGAGCCUGCUUGGGGUGGUGUUGACGCCAUCGAGUUCACUGAAGAUAUGCCUGUCUCUUUUGUGACUAGGGUUAAUAGAAGUCAACAUGAUAUACCAUUAGACCGCCUCAGAGAAACCUCACACAGGCACUUAUUUAACCUCAAGGAAGUGUUUGUAACGGAGCAAUCGCUAUUCCUUUUUUAUGCGGAGUGGGAGGGCAUUUCACUAAAAGAGAUCCAGACUUUACGACCAGCAUUUCAACUUGGAGAAGUUGAAGUGGCUACGAUCUGCUACCAGAUAUUCCAAGGCCUGAGAUACAUCCACGAUACUCUUGAUAUCAGUCACGGUGAUAUCCGAGAAGAGAAUAUUUACAUCCAUAAAAACGGCGACGUUAAGAUUGGUAUAUCUUACUAUCCUACAACAUCUCUAUUUCAACUACCAGGUCUUAGCAAGAAUCGGUGA